AUGCAAGAUUUUAAGCUUAAUUGCAUGCUGAAGUACGUGCAAGCGGUUCCCCUUGUCGAUCCCGAGACCAAUUGCUUAUAUUGUCAUGUCCUCUUCAUUCUUUCUGUGAAGCAGGAGAUUUCUAUCGUUGCGCUGACGGCUAUACAGAAAGAGAUCUCUCUGGUGACGUUGUUUCACAGCGUGGUGAAUAGUUGCCUUUAUCAAUACUACCCUGGUGAGGUGGAUCUCGCGUGCUCUACGACAUGCGAUACAGGUGUGAAUGAGCCUCUCGUUGCGUUUGGCAUUAAUCGUGGGGAUAUAUUCAUUGUCGACAUUCUUGGAGCAAUUGGUAGCAAUAUAAAUAAUACCACGAGAAGUUGUCUUUCACCCAGUCUUGUUCGCCUCGCUCAUGAACGAGCGACACAGAGUCCUUAUUCUAGGUGCACAUUUGAUUUGGCCGAGCACGAGGUUCGAGAUAUUGUGUUUGGUGAAAUGAGGAACUACGGUGGUCCAGUUCUUUUUGUAUUAUAUGCCGACGCACAUGGUAGGACAUAUGUUUCUAUUUAUACUUUUAACAAACACCUCAAGUCCCUCAGGCAAUCAUCUGAACCACUGACUGAAGGUUCUUUCCAACAUGUGCAAAUUGCGGCGGCAGCGCGUGAUGGCAGAAUUUUGCGAAGAGGUGUUUUGGUAUCCGAUGCAGACCCCAGCGCUACGAAAAUAAUAUCCUUUUCAACCGUUGUAGCGGUCAUUGGAUCACAGUUGCUAACGCUUGUUAAUAUAGGAACAUCUGAGGCUCAUACGAUUUCGCAUGCCUUUCCACCUGGGGUUGAGUUUUCAUGUGGCUGCAAGGGCAACGAUGACGAGCUAUUUGUUUUUUUUAAGGACGGGAAUUUCUUACACACGGACAUUAAAAAAGUACUUCAUAAGAACGUGAUAAAUCUGCCAGUCCGGCGCCUCGAGGUACCUACCUUCCCUACCUCGAUUGUCCACAUCGACACGACGUGGCUUGUGGUAGGUUCGCGCCUUGGCAACUCUCUUCUCUUUGACUGCCACGCCCCGUCCUCUUUCGAAGUGGUGGUGAGGAACUGCGGGCCGGUUAUGGACAUGGCGGUCAUUGACCAAGUGGCAUACCCGACGGUAGUCGCUAGUACCGGCGUGGGCCCAUACGGGGGGAUCAGCCUCGUUCGCUCCUCCGCUAGCAUAAUUGAAAAAGUUGUUAGUCCGCCGCUGGAGUUGAAAGUGUCGAAGGUUUUUUCUGCGCGUCAUCUUGUUGUUCUAUCGACAAGCUGUGAAAGCGUCUUCUACUCAUCGAUAGAUCUUAGUAAGAUGCAACUCAAUCCAAUUGACUUGGAUAAUCCCUUCCGGGGUUUUCCGGUUAUUCACUUGAGCUAUAACCCAUCAAAUCAGGAAUAUCUUAUGGUUUACGCAUGCGGUGUUUGUUCGCUUGUUGAGAGGCAACAACAGUUCUGUCUUCUUGCGCAACAUCGGUGGUCUUUGGAUUCGCCGGUACGAUUUGCAUCGACCGUUGAAGACUGCUUGGUGAUCUCCGACGGAUUCCGGUUAGUCGAGGUCAGUGAUCUGAAGGAGCUCUGGAUGUGGUGCACGGAUGCAUGCUUGUCUUCACUACUUUUGCUAUCAAUGGAGUUUGUAGUUUAUGGUGAUUGGUCGAGUCACGUUUUCCUUUAUAACAUAGUUCAACAUGUAGUUUUCUCUGAAGUUACUUUAUCGUCCGUGCCACGGAGCAUUUGCUUGACAUGGAAUGUAGGGAACGACGUGAACCUAUUUAUUGGUCUUGUGAGCGGCUAUGCCGUCGAAACAACCUUGGAACUACUUAAAAUUAGUUGCAUCUCACGCGAGUUUUUUCUUAUGCAACAACCAGUUGAAUGCGUGCCUUUAAAGGCCUACAACUGCUUUGUUUGUCUUGGCGAGUGGCCAAUCCUCAUUCGUAUGUCGGGUAAAGAUUUAAACUUAACUAACCUCCCUAUCCACGGAUUGUCUGACAUUUGUAUACUUGGGGAAGCCAAGGAGGACACAGUGCUGGUUGUAAAGGAAAAUGGAUUAAGCGUGGCCCUCGGAUACUUGGAGCACACUCAAAAAGUGAAUUUUAGAUUCCUAGAGCUGCACUCUACAGUGACCCAUUUAGCUUGGAUUUUACCCUGGAAUGGAUUUGUGGCGUCGCUUCGGGGUGCUUUUAUGGAUCGGAUUACUUUCAUUCCUUUAAAGGCUGUGGAAUACACAACAACGGUCGACUCCAAGUCUUUUGUGCAGCAAGGUAUCCUGCUACUCGAAAACGAACGCUGCGUUUUUAUCGAACCACUAUCACUUGGAUAUUCUAACGGGAUGAACGUCAACAAUGAAUCUAUCUACCAAAUGAAUCCCGAUCAGUUUGUUGUCCUGGUUGGUUCUACUUUUACCUUCCCGGACGAUCAAACCGCUCGUGCAAGCCGCAUCACAUGGUACAAACUGAAUGAGGGGGGUUCACUUCGACACGUCGCCGAUAAAGACAUUGUCGGGCAGCUGCAGUGUUGUUGUGUAGUUCCACACUACAACGGGCGUAUCGCUCUCGGAAUAAGUGGAUGUGUGUGCAUCUACCAAUGGGAUAGUAGCGAGGAAACGUUUGUGUCCGAGGAAAAGAAAGUUGUGGGAAUGAUCAUUAUUAAGCUUAUACCGUUAUUUAACCACAGGCCUAAAUUUCUGCAUGCGAUCAUGGCACUUGAUGUGCGUUUCAGUGUAUUUAUGCUAUCGAUUGAUCCCCUUCAGGGAAUCAUUGAAAUCUUUGGGAAAGAUAAACAACUACGUGGAGUUAUGGAUGGCGCAAUUGACAAGACUGACGGCCUGUGCAUGUGCGAUGAUCACAUGAAUUUUUACUACCUUCAGCAAGACAAUCUGGACAAACGCUAUAUCACUUCAAAAGCACAAUGUCAUUUAGGCGACCUCGUUACCUGCAUGCGCAUCGGUAGUUUGACACUUCCGACUUUCCAGGAAAAUUCUGUCCCCGGGAUAAAAAGUCUCUUUUCUAGCGCUUCCGGAGAACAAAUUGUUUACGGGACAGCGCAUGGUGCUUUCGGGAUCAUUAUGUCCAUGACACCCACCGCUUAUGUAUUCAUAAAGUCGCUAGAAGUUGCCCUGCACCAUUACUUGCCCGCCCUCGGUGGCUUUUCACCGAAAGGCUUUAGUGAAGUUAUGCGCACGGGGCAAGAAAGGUCACACAAUCGCAAUAUUUCGUUUUUCAUUGGUGAAAAUUGUGGUAAGGAUCAAUCAAAGGCACGACAAACGUGUGAUGGAAAUGUCAUUGAAACUUUUUUGACGUUAGAGCAUCGAGCCAAGAAAUAUGUUCUGGAAAUAGCGCAACGUAUUACACUCUUUUUGUUCAAUGAAAAAACUUCUAAUUUCACCAACCCAGAUGAGUUAGUCGGUAUACCGAAUAAGUCACAUAUUUCGGGAGGGGAUGACAUCCUAGACAAGUGCAACCAUCUGCUGGCUAAUGAAAACUUACCAGAGAUUCCCUAUGCACUUGGUGAAAUAGAGCAGCUCAUUUUUGGACUUCAAAGAUUUCAUUAA